AUGUACGGUAUUAAAGUAGCUGCCAAUGAAAUAUUGUUAGUUGAAGCUCAGAAUGACAAGUAUGCAUUUUAUCUUCAAUUUGCGCCCUAUGAUUACACUCCACCAAUGGACUGUUCUAUCACUUAUCCAUUUUACAAUGAGAUAUCAUCGCCCUACUAUGUCUAUACAGUUGGCGUUGGUAAACGACAAACAUCGACUCAACUCUACUUCUAUUUCAUUGGUGAACUGACGUCAACCGAUUCGGCGAGUAACAACGGUACAUUUAUUGGCAUAUGGCAACAUUUCGGAGUCAAUCCGCAGAAAUUUGUUAAUCAAUCAUCAACGUUAUUGCCAGGUGCACAAGAAAAAUUCCAAUGUCAAGGUAACUACACGAUUUACUAUAGUGGCACAUUAUCUCAUCAGGAAUAUCUUGUUAUGGCCGUUGAUCAAAGUGGACUUAUGGCCUACGGACUAUCAAAUGGUUAUCUAUUUCUCUACUAUCCGUUCAAUCAAACAUUCGUAUCAUGGCUCGGACAAGCAAUUUGGUCCGAUUCAACAUUUACAACUCGAUCAGCUGUUAUAAUAAAUAGUACUACCAAAUCACUUUUAGUCACCGGCUAUAUAAGUUCCAAUCGUAUUUCAUACACGCCAGUAGUCUAUUUGAUGGGUUUAGAUCCCAAACUAAAACCACACGUUGUCACUAACUGGACGUACUCAUCGGUGAGUGGCUCUUGGCAACAACAAUCCCAAAGUGGUGGUGCCGUGACCUAUGCAUCUCAAUAUGACAUUUCAAUCGAUAUCAAUGACAAUGUUCAACAAGCCAUUGUCGGCAUUCAAUCGAUCAACACAGUGUAUGUAUUUGCGUAUUCAUCGACAUCAUUGACAAUUGUCACAAAUACAUCGUUCGGUCAAUCGAUCGGUUUUGGAAAAGGUGUUUGUUUUCUCCAGGGCGAACCACAAAUAGCUGUGCUUGUCAAUCAAUAUUCUCUCGACUACUUAAGAGCAUUAACAUCAUCUAAAAUUAAUUUGUAUUAUUCAACAACAUUGAACGGAGAUCUUGUUGUCUUUCCAAAUAAUCAACAAUCUUUGCCGUAUACAUUUUCUACUCAGUUUCUCAAUAUAAUAUCAACACCAUCAGCACUAAUUAUCAUCGAUACAAAAGGACAACUUUUGAUUCUAUUGCCAAGUCAACAAGGUAACUACUCGAAUACAGGCAAAUCGUUGACAAUAAGUAAAUCCACAUCAUGUAUACCCGGAACGAACAAGAGUAUGAUUGGUGUUGGACCUUGUAGUCUUUGUCCAAAAGGAACAAAAAAUUCAGCAACUAGCAAUACAUCGGUUGCCUCUAGUUGUACACCAUGUCAAAACGAUGGAUUUUGUCCGCUUGGCUCAGUUGAUGAUUCUAUACUUACUUCUCAACUGACAUCACUCAUACAAGUGUAUGCCUAUCCUCGUUCGCCUGACAGUACCACCUUCGACGAUAUUUUACUUAUGAAUAUGUUUUCGAUUGGUUCAUCACCGCAUUGCAUUAUUGUUUCGCCUCUGUUUUGGACCUUUAUGAUGAUUACUGCUGUUGUUUUAUUCUUGAUAUUGAUGGCAGUCAUCAAAUAUUGCACUAAACAUCCUAAUCGUAACAAAUGGAUAAGCAAAAUUCAACGUUAUCUUCGUCAAGUUGAUCUUGUCGGUGAAGGUGAAUUAUGGAUUGGUGGCCUCGUUAGUUUCGCUAUUAUGGUUCUUGUUUGCUUUGGUUAUUCAUUUAGUACCUCAUAUUAUAAACACUAUCCGAUCGAAGAUGUCGGCGAUGCAAAUUUUUCUUGUGAUAAAACUAUUCGAAAUGCCAAAUUUGAUACAAAUCUACAGUCAUUAGGGGUAUCGGUCUCAUCUGCAGAAGAAACGAUAUUCCGCUUGUUGAACGCACAAGAACUCACACUAAAUUUUGAUUUUCUCAAUACACAAUUUCAAUGUAAUGAAAUUCAAGUACAACAAAUAGCCGGAAGUGUUUAUUCACCUCUACCUGAUACACAGUGCACAUAUCAAAAUUCUGUGCUAUCUAUAUCUGUCAAAUUACUCUCUCAAUCGAUAACCAUUCAAAUGACACUGAACGGUGUCAGUCCUAUUGGUGGACUUCGUUUUGGUCUCACUGGAUCAUCAGAUACCGAACAAUAUUCGACAUUGCAAGCACUCAAUUUUUAUCAAGUAUUUUUUGUUCAAAACAAAACUUUAGCUCAAAAUCCAUCAACAUUACUUCUACAACUGACGAAAGUGUUAAAUGAAACUGAACCACUGAUAACUGGUGAUCAUACUAUAUUCAAAGGUAUAUGGACACCGACAUACACGAUGAACCUCAACGAUCUAUUUAUAUCCACGUCACAAUAUAUUCAACAGUCGAACUCAACUCAAUCACAAAUAACACUUACAAUAAGUGAGACAGCUUUCUAUAUCCAAAAUAUUCAACAGCCGAUAGCUAAACAAUCAGAAAUUAUAUUUCAUAAUCUUCUAUUUACCAUGGUCGUAAUCGAAAUCUUUGGUUUCAUAUUUCUCGUAUUUAAACUAUUAAUUUUACCGUUACUCCGCUUUAUUCUAAAAAAGUUUCAACCAUACACGCAUUAUCUGAUCACUUCACCGCCAUUACCAACAUAG